AUCCUGGUGAACUGAAGUUCCAGAUCUGAUGCUUUCCAUGUCUUCUCUGCUGUCUGUUGGUGUCUCUGGGGAAGAUGUCUCUGCAAGAAGAUGCAGGCGUGCUGAAGACUUCAGAAAAGUGAGCAAUGAGUCCUUCUGAAUGCUGAAGAGAAGCCCCCUUGCAGGGUCAUGAACCUAAGACAAGUCUUCGUGUCUGUACUGCUGUUUGGAGUAGCUGGUCUACUCCUCUUCAUGUAUCUGCAGGCUUGGAUUGAAGAACACCAUACAGAGUCUGGAAAAAAACUGCAACAAGAGACAAUUAAUCAGGACUUCACGCUCCAGCCUCUGGGGAUGCCAAGGAAAGCAGCGUGGAGGAGAAGUGCUCCUGUGGGCCUCAGUAACCAUGGGAUGGCUGUCUCAAGCAGCAGGCCCUGGCGGGGCAGAGCUGACCCUUUCGCUGUGGAGGCUGCCUCCUUGGGGAGCCGGCUCCGUGAGCAGCAGAAGAUGAGUGAGUCCCCUCUGAGCUGGUUCAGAGGGGUGUAUUUACCUCCUGCUCUGCACCCGUUAAACAAGACAUUUGUCAAGGGUGGUGAGUGGCAGGACAUAGACAGCACCCAGGAAAAGCGCAGGGCCUUCCUGCAGGACUUUUGUAGAAAAUACAACAGCAGAAAGAAGCUGCAAACUCACCUGGUGCACUUAGUGUCAAGGAUUUAUGUAGAGGACAGGCACAAGGUUCUGUACUGUGAAGUGCCAAAAGCAGGCUGCUCCAACUGGAAAAGGGUCCUCAUGGUGCUCAGUGGACUCGCUGCUUCAGCAAACAACAUCUCCCAUGAUGAUGUGCACUAUGGAAAGCACCUGAGGAAACUGGACAGUUAUGACCUAAAAGGGAUCUACACACGCUUGAACACGUACACCAAGUUCAUAUUUGUACGUGAUCCUAUGGAAAGACUGGUAUCUGCCUUCAGGGAUAAGUUUGAGCAUCCAAACAGCUAUUACCAUCCGGUAUUUGGGAAGGCAAUAAUUAAAAAGUAUAGACAGAAUGCAGAUGAAGAAGCACUGAAAACAGGAUCGGGAGUUAAGUUCAAGGAGUUUAUCCAAUAUUUGUUGGACUCCCACCGACCAAUAGGAAUGGACAUUCACUGGGAGCAAGUCAGCAAGCUCUGCUAUCCCUGCCUCAUCAACUAUGACUUUAUAGGAAAGUUUGAAACCCUGGAAGAAGAUGCCAAUUACUUUCUGCAGAUAGUAGGUGCUCCAGCCAAUCUGAAGUUCCCUAAAUUCAAAGAUAGACAUUCCUCUGAUGAGAGAACAAGUACAGAAGUAGUGAGGCAAUAUUUAAAGGAGUUGUCUAAGGAGGAGAGACAGCUGACCUAUGACUUCUAUUACUUGGAUUACUUAAUGUUCAAUUAUACAUCACCACUUGUAUAGCACUAGAAUAGCUUCAGGCUUCUACUAGAUACUUAUCAUGUUGGGAUUCAAAACAACUACUUUGAUAUUAGCCCUGAAAGGAAAUGAAGUUACUGCUAAGUUGAGUUGUCUUGAAUUAGUGGAUAUUUUAUAAGCUAGAGUGAUAUCAUUUGAUACUAA